AUGACGACGCCUCGCCAACAUGCGGCGUCGUCGCCGCUCGCCGUGGUCACGCUGCUUUUGCUACUGCUGCUGCUCGACGCUCCCGCCGCCGCGCAGCAGAGCCCGUCGCGGGACAAGGAUAACGGUGACGGCGGAGGUGGCAUGCCGGGCCAGGCGCCCAGCUUCAGCGCUCCCAUGGUCGUGCUGCUGGUGGCGCUCAUCGCGGCCUUCGUCUUCAUCGGCUUCUUCUCCGUGUACAUGCGGCGGUGCGGGCGCGGCGCCUCGGCGGGGCCCGGGAUCCCGGCCGCCGCGCUGCUCGUUCUGUCGCGGGAGGAGCAGCGGAACCAGCAGCAGCAGCGCGGGCUCGACCCCGCCGUGGUCGCGUCGUUCCCGACGAUGAGGUACGCCGACGCGAAAGCUCUCCGGGUCGGCGGCGGCAAGGACGCCGCGCUCGAGUGCGCCGUCUGCCUCAGCGAGUUCGAGGACGACGAGGAGCUCCGGCUGCUGCCCAGCUGCAGCCACGCCUUCCACCCGGACUGCAUCAGCGAGUGGCUCGCCGGCCACGUGACGUGCCCCGUCUGCCGGUGCAACCUGGAUCCCGAGGAGCCCGCCGCGGCUGAGGCUGCCAGCUCCGGUGAGGCGACGGGGGAGGCGCAGCAGCAGCAGCAGGAUCAGGUGGCCAUCGACGUGAGCCACGAUGGCGCCGAGGAGGAGGACAGGAGACGCCGGGAGGUGGCGAUGGAGCUGGAGCGGAUCGGGAGCCAGCGCCGCGCGGUGCGGUCCCGGUCGGGGCGGCCGGCGGCGCCGCCCGUGCCCGUCCCGCGGUCGCACUCGACAGGCCACUCCCUCGCCACGCGCCUCAACGGCGACCUGGAGCGGUUCACGCUUCGGCUGCCGGAGCACGUGCGCAGGGAGAUGGUCGCCGCGGCCGGCGAGGAGAGCCUGCGCCGCACGGGGGCGCGUGAGCGUGACGCCCGCGGGAACGGCGGCGCCAGGAGCGCGCGGCUCGGGAGGUCGGACCGGUGGCCGUCGUUCAUCACCCGGACCCUCUCCUCGCGGGUCCCGUUCUGGUCCGCGUCGUCGAGGAGGGCGCCCGACCUGGAGGCGGCGGCCGUGGCAGCGGGGACGACGGGAGGGUCCACGAGAACCAGGCGUGAAAAGACGGGCGGCGCGUCGGAAGGCUCGGUGACCCCAGCUAAAGGCAGCGUGCGCUUCGACUGCCUCAGCGGCGUCGCCCCCGCCGUGACGGGCGCCAGAGUCGGCGCCGCGGCCGGCGACAGCGAGACGGAGGACGACGACGAGGAGGAGAAGGCGAUCGCCCGGCAGCGGCAGGCUUGA